AUGUUAAAUCUUGGUUCAUCAGACUCGUAUUCGUUAGUUGAGAUCGACAAUAAGGAGGAGAAGAAGCAGAUCUGGCGUCUGGACCACUUCUAUGAGUCGGAAUCCUCGUCAUCGUGGGUAAAGGGGAAGUUGAAGGAAGGGCUUGAUGUUGCCUUUCACGGCCCGGUGAUGGAGCUGGGAAUGGCUGCCAGCAGAUGCUCAGACGCUACCAUGGAGGAACUGGAUUUGUGCAUGCCAAUGGAAACGCGAAGAUAG